CACCGACCGUUCUCUGUUGAACCAUGUCCAUCGAACUGAAUUGGGACAAACUUGACCCGUCAAUAGCGUUUUCUCUACGAGACAUCAUAAACGACAAGAUCUCUUCUCUGCCCCUACCGAAGUUUCUUGCAUCUCUUCAUGUCAAUUCCUUUGACGUCGGAUCUACUGCACCUGAGAUUGAAAUAACAGAUCUUGGAGACCCAUAUGCGGAGUUCUAUGAAGACAACUAUGAUUCGGACCAUGAUGAACAUGAGCGAAAUGCCGCUGAGGCACGUGCAGUGAUGGAUUCAAGCACAGAGACAUUGAGAGGAAGAGAUGCGCCAGCACAUGCUGCACAGUUGGAUGGCGAGGACUUUGACAUACGGUCGACUUCAACACAGCCCCCUCCCUACGAUAAUUCGCCUCAAUCAUCACCAGAGAACACUCAUGGGUUCCCACCGCAUAUGCCUUCACACACCAAUUCACAUCGCUCAACACCAUCUUUAUCGGGUAUCUUUCCAAUGCAACUACCACGAUCAAGCACACUCCAUUAUUUCCACCCCCUCGCUCGGCAAACUGCCGGCCUUAACUCUGGUCUCUCAACACCAGGAUGGGGCGCACCACAAGCACAAUCUCCCGAAGCGAGUGAACCAGAUGAGCAUGUCCAACCAGCAAGACCAAGAAUUACUCCAGCAGAGGCGGAGGCACGGCGGAGAGUGGAGGACGUCCAAAUUGUUGCGAAGGUACGAUGGAAGACUGAAGCCAUUCGGAUGUCAAUAUCGGCAGAACUGGUAAUCAACUACCCUUCAGCAGCCUUCGUCACACUUCCUCUUUCUCUAACGUUGACCUCAUUGACUUUUGAGGGUACUGCGAUCAUAACAUACAUGUCUGGUUCAUCAGGCCGUCGUGUACACUUCUGUUUUGUGGAAGAAGGCCAUCCUGAUGCAGCAAUAGGGGCUUCACAAAGCCCAACAGUGGGUGAGAUUUUGAGGGAUAUCAAGAUUGAGUCGGAGAUUGGUGAGAAGGAGAAGGGAGUGUUGAAGAAUGUGGGGAAGGUUGAGAGGUUCCUGUUGGAAAGAUUGCGGAGGGUUGUGGAUGAAGAGUUUGUGUUCCCAAGCUUCUACACAUUCCUCUUAUGAGACGGACGUUCGGUAUACAGGGCGGAGUUCACAUUGCACGAUCUCAUAAUU